AUGCUAGCACUAUUUAUAGCUCUUGGAUAUAUCUAUCCUCUCAUCCUUCUGGCAAGUGAUGAGCAUGACCGAAAUCUGUAUACACUUUCGGAUAAUUCGAAACUUCGCCAACACAGUGAACAUUGGGCUAACAGCACAUAUUUGAUUUGCAAACCAAGAAGUUCUCUCUUCUCCUCUUCCACGUCUGAAAAACUGGUGUACAAGCAUGAUCAAGUGGUCUUGAGGUCAACGCCGAAGCCAUUUCGGAAUGGCUUCUUCAAAUCGAGUUGCUUUUUGGAUCCGAAUGAAAACGAACCGAAGGAAUUUUGUAUAUUUAUCAAUCCUACUAUCAAUUAUGGGCAAGGAAUGGUGAUUGUCUGUCCGGAAAGCGUGCUGGAAGAAAGCCUCGAAGAUGGUCUUGACCUUUCGGAUGAGGCUGAUAUCACAGAAGCCAUAGAAGUAGUGGCAAUGCCUGAAAAGGGUGGCAUGGGGGCAGUUGCUGCUCAUGAUAUUGGUCUUGGUGAUCAUGUUGGACAAAUGCGUCCUGUUGGUCUCUUUCCUGUUGGAACACCACUAUGGUCGACUUCCUUGGGGCGAGCCAUUCGUAGACAGGCUAUGGAUCAUUUACCAAUCGGAACACGUGCUGCUGUCGCUCGCCUUCACGGUGAAGGCAAAAACGAGGACGAGUUUAUCUCGAGUUUAAUUGAUACCAACACGUUUACCAGCUUCCUCAAAACUCCCAUGAAAUUCGGGGCUGUGGUGUUGGUAGGAUCCCGCUUGAAUCAUGCCUGUAGGCCUAACAUGUUAUACCGCAUGGACGCUCACGCUCAGCUUCUGCACCUCAAAGCCAUCAAACCCAUUGCAAAAGGCGAAGAGCUUACCAUUAGCUAUCGUUCCUUAGAACUGAAUAGUCAAGUUCGGAGGGAGAGUCUCAUGGAGUCUUAUGGGUUUGGAUGCACUUGUCCACAUUGUCAGAUGAGUGCUGGACUCCGAGCCCAUUCAGAUCAACGCGUUUCGCGAAUCUCCGAGCUUAGGCAGAAGAAUGCCUCGAAUGAUGUACAUUUUUCGGCUGACGAAGUGGAGGAGUUUCUCACUCUUUGCAAAGAGGAAGAUAUCCCCUUGUGUAUUCUAACCGCAAAUAGGAUCGCUGCGGAAUUCUACAAUUCGGAAGGCAAAACAGAAAAAGUGAAAGAGCAUGCCGCAGUCGCGAGGGAAAUGGGUCUUAUGACACUUAGACUUAGCAGACAUGAUCUUACUCAGAUAGAAACACUUCUGAAUUCACCUGAAAAUCACCGUUCUUAUCUUUCCAAAAUAUAA